AUGAAUUUGAGUAUGGAGAACGUCUCUUCACACAAACAUUUCACUCUCAAUGGCUUCAAUGAAAUCGGAGUUCUGAGGCCCGUCCUCUUCAUCCCAUUCUUCAUCAUGUUUGUUGUGUCACUGUCGGCCAACUCCAUGCUGCUUUAUAUCAUCAUUUCACAGAGAAGCCUCCACUCGCCAAUGUACAUCCUCAUUGCUGGCAUGGCAUGUGUGGACCUGAGCUCCCCACUGGUCAUUGUUCCCAACAUGCUGCUGAGCUUCCUGUUUGGCUGGAGGGGAAUCUCUCUGAUUAGCUGCCUGGUUCAGAUGCUCUUCAUUCAGUUUUCAGGGGCUUUUCAGUCCACAUUGUUGGUGUGGAUGGCACUGGACCGCUACUUUGCCAUCUGUUCGCCACUCUGCUACCAUGAACGCAUGGCAAUACCACGAUUCCUCAAAUUCGUAAUUCCACUUCUUAUUAGAAACAUCUUCCUGAAUACACUUGUGGUGAGUCUGGCAGGAUCAUUGUCAUUCUGCUCUUCAAAUGUGAUAAAUCACUGUUUCUGUGAGCACAUGGCCUUAGUGGAGCUGGCCUGUGAAAGCACCGCCAAAAACAACCUGUUUGGGCUUUUGGGUGUCUUCCUCACCCCUGUAGCAGACUUCAUCUUCAUCAGUUCUUCCUAUGUGGUCAUAUUUACCUCUGUGCUGAGUUCCGGUAAGUCGGGUGUUAAAGCGCUCCACACUUGCGUCACUCACAUUGUGGUAAUGACCAUCAGCCUGACCUUUGCACUUGUUGCUUUACUGUCAUAUCGAAUCAGAAACAGUCUUCCUGCUGCUGUACGGGUUUUCUUUAGUAUCAUGUAUGUGUUGUUCCCGAGCUGUUUCAACCCAAUCAUCUACGGCAUGAGAACCACUGAGAUUCGACAGCACAUCAUGAAGACCAUGACAUCCUGUCGCUUCGUGCGAACUGUUCCCCAUUCUUACAAAAACUAUUAA